UCUUUUAACUGUUAUGUCACCAUUCAGUGGAACCGGAAGUGCUAGUGGGAGUUGAAAAUGCUAGCCUAGCAACCAUACCUUCCUAUGGAGCUUGUCACCGAGUAUAUGUUUUUAUGCAGAUCAAUUUAAGGUUUUGCAGCCUGUCUGAGUCUGAGAAGAUGGGUGCGCUCUCCAAGCCCUUCCUGGGCUGUCUGAUCUGUCUGGCUGUACUCCUGCUCGUUUUGGGAAACGCGUCGGCUUCCGAGUUCAAUCCGUACAGCGUGCUCGGAGUGUCCCGGCACGCCAGUCAGACUGAAAUCAGGAAGGCUUACAAGCAGCUCGUCAAGGAGUGGCAUCCAGACAAGAACAAAGAUCCGAGUGCAGAGGACAUGUUUAUCAAGAUUACUAAAUCCUACGAGAUCCUGUCGAGUGAGGAUCGCAGAGCUAACUACGAUCAAUUCGGCCAGACAGACGAGAACCAGCAGCACCACCAGGCACCGCACGGUUUCCGCCACUUCCAUGACAGUUUUUACUUCGAUCAGUCGUUCUUUCGGUUCACCCAGUCGACUCGAGAUUUCACAGACAGCAAGCACCUGCUUCAGUAUGAGAAGUUUAUGAACGUAGUGGUGCCGGAUAGCUUUAAAAGGCCCUACCUGAUUAAGAUUACCUCAGAGUGGUGUUUCAGCUGCAUUCAUAUUGAGCCCGUCUGGAAGGAAGCGAUUCAGGACCUGGAGCCACUGGGUGUGGGAAUUGGCGUCGUGGAUAUUGGUUACGAGAAGCGGUUAGCUCAUCACCUCGGGGCUCGUGGCGCCCCCUCUAUUCUGGGGCUCAUCAACGGCAGAGUGACCUCCUUCCACAACGCUGUGUCCCAAGAGAACCUGAGGCAUUUUAUGGAAAGCUUGCUGCCACAUAAGCUAGUAGAAAAGGUGACAGAUGAUAACUACAUACAGUUUUUGAACAGUUGGCGGGAAGAGAACAAACCCAGCGUCCUACUCUUUGACGCCGCUGCUUCAGCACCAUUCCUUUACAAGCUCUCUGCGUUCGCAUAUCGGGACUUUGUGCGGUUUGGGUACGUAGAUCAUAGCGAGACCACGCGUAUCCAGCAGCAGUUCAACAUCAACAUGUAUGCUCCCACCAUGCUGCUGUUUAAAGAGAACACUGAGAAACCUGCAGACGCCAUACAGUCCAGGGGAAUGAAAAAGCAGACCAUUGAUGAGUUUGUCUCUAGCAACCGUUUCCUGCUGGUGCCGCGACUUGUAAAUCAGAAGCUUUUUGACGAGCUGUGUCCAGUCAAACAGUUCCACCGCCGACGGAAAUACUGUGUCUUGCUCAUCACUGGGGAAGAUGAGACGUUUGUGUCUGCGAACGAUGCCUUCUUUGACUUUGCCUCUUCUAACACUAAAGAGGUGGUGAGAUUCGCCUACGUGUAUCAGAGGCAGCAGCAGCCUCUCUGUGAUACGCUGCUCAAAAAGGAAGACAUGAGUCCUCCCCAGGUGAUCAUUCUGGAAAGGCGGAAUGCCGCCGGAAAAGUGCAGUACCGGACAGUGACAGACGGCUGGAACGGGAGCGAUGACGAUAAGCACCGCCUCCACGAGCAGCUGGAGCUCCUUCAGAGAGACCCGACCUUUCUAACCUUUGACGCCAUGCUGCCUGAACUCAACAACGAGCUCGCCUCAAUGUUUCUAAUUCGGUGGUUGAACGCUGCCUGUGAUUACCUUUCUCAAGCCUACUUUGACCUUCUCUACUCAAACUGGCAAGAGGUGAUGCCCAUCGUAUCAUUGGUCUUCUCUGCUCUUUUUAUCCUGUUUGGCACCGUCAUCAUUCAGGCUUUCAGUGACCCAGAGGAAAGAACAGCCAAGCGUAAGGCUAAAGAAUCCCCGAAGACGCCAGGGAGCUCUUCGGAUACAGAAAACACAUCCAGUCGUCCUUCGAAGAAGAACUUUGUGGAAGUGACGGAGUUGACCGACAUGACCUACACCAGCAAUCUGGUCAAAUUAAAGCCGGGACACAUCAACGUGGUGCUGGUGCUCACGGACGCGUCCAAACAGGUCCUACUGAAGAGGUUUGCCAAAGAAGUGUACUCGUUCUCAGGAUAUCAGACUCUUCAUUACUCCUUCUUAAAUACUGACAAGCACAGUCAGUGGAUGGACUCCCUCCUGCAGCUGGCACCCUCUGCCAGGCUGCUUUCAGAAGACGAGGAAGAAGAGAGCGCGUCCUCCUGUAAACCAGACUACACCGCUCAUGUGCUAGCCCUUAAUGGCCAUAAAAAGUACUUUUGCCUUUUCAGGCCCAAGCUCACCUCCCCGUUCAGGCCCUCGUUCACCAAGGACGAGGAUGACAAUGUACUUCUCUAUCAGAAGCUGGACCAGCUGAACGUAUGGAUGGAGAAGCUGACAGAGGGCACGCUGCCCAGGCACCACGUUCCUGCCUGGCCUGAUCUGCACACCACAACCCCUAAAAAAUAGAGGUGGGUUUGAAACCUUGUGGGAAUCUCUUAAAUAUCAGGUCUGGACUCCACUGUGUGGCUUUUGUGUAAAAUUGAAAGCAGGAGUUAUUGAUGUUUGACAGGGAGUUGACCGCAGGUACAGGCUGUGUAUAGUAUGUGAGGCUUGAUUAGAAAAUGUACUUACGCAGAACAUUCUGGAUUAUGCACUGUCUGAGUUUUAUUUCCCCAUGGCAGCACCAGGCACAUGCUUUUUGCUGCCAGCAGGGGUUGCACUACCAACCAUGUUAUUUUGGGGGGGGGGGACUUUAUUUUAGCUGCUGAUUUAUGCUGUAGGAACACUCACAGAUCGGUUCAUGCACAGACAAGGAAAAAGAUAAAUACUGUCAGAAUGAAAGCGCAUAUACAUAUAAUGACUGAGAGUUGUUCUAGGAUCAGGUACCACCUGUUUAUUGUAUGCGCUAUGUAACAAACAUAGACCACUUUUGGAAUAUUAGUUUGGGAUAUAUUAUUACUCUAGGAAAUGACUGCACUUUGUGUGCUGGAAAUGAUUUCAUUUUACCCACAAAUGCUGUUUUAGAUCUUAAAUCUAAAUGUAGAGUAUAUAAAUGAUCUGUCCAUUAUUUUCCUAAGAACUUUAAUGUUGCUAAUAGUACCUGGCUUGAGCAUCUUUUACUACUGAGUGCAUUAAUAACCUAAGUAACAGAAAUGUCCAGUGUGUUUGUAGCAUUUUUAAUCCACAGCUGGUGAAAAGCUGUAACCUUGUUUUCAGCUGAUGUAUGUGCUUCUGGUUGAACAAAGCUAUAUAACCAAGAAAAUCCUGUUCAAAGCACUAUUACUUUUCCAUUUAUGAGUGUGUGUGAUCGUGAAAUGUGUUUGCUUGCAUGAGGGAGGAAGAAAGAACCUCAUAGUUGCCAUGUUUUGCUUUGACUUCUAGCAUGUUGCGUUUUUCUUUAGCUUUCACCUCCUGGACCGUGUAAAACUUCACUUUUUCUCACUUUUACAUUUUCCCAUGCUUAAAACAUCAUCAUCAUCAUCAUACAAAAAUAAUUGAACACAAGUGUGUGUGGUUACUUGUACUGCAUUUAACUAUUGAUCCUCUUCUCAAAUAUAAAUUUAAAUUUUAGCGUCCUGACCUCAAAAGAUUUCGUUAGCUGAUACCGUUAUUUAAAGGAAGAUAUUUAAUUUAUAAGAUGUCUCAUUGUUUGUUUGUUCCAUGUCUUAUUCAUAAUGUUUAACUUAAAUAAACCUUACACAAACAUUACAAAAUACAGGCUGUAUCUUUAUUUUAGUAGUAUACCACAGCACUGGUAAAUUCCUGAUUUUGAUUGGUCAGAAGGUGUUGGUUGAUUUUUUUUUUUUUUUUUUUUUUUUAUUUUAUUAUGUAAAAUCACUGAUUAUGGAGACGUGCAGAGGUGUUUAUUUAACAUUUUAUGGAAGGAGUCUCCGGUGUCAGUGCUUUGUAACUUAUACAAGAAGGGGGGAAAAAAGACUGGUGACUGGUGGAAUGACUGUUUAUAUUUGCUAUAAGGUAAGUGAUAACAUGAACUAACUAUUUUCACAGACAUUCCACACCAUUAGUAUCACUUUGGGUGAUGCUAAAAGAAACGCUUGGUGCCUGGGUGCAUCAGACCACCCUGUUGUUGAUUUAUUUUCCUCUAACAGUAUAUCCUAAUUGUUUUAUUCCUUACUGCAACCAUCUAGUGCAGUGGUUUUCAAAGUGGUGGCCACCAGGGGGCGCCCGGGGGGCCUCAACAAUUUGAUCGGAGCCACCAAGCCCAUCCCUCCCACUAGUGUUUUUUCUCUUUCUCACUCUCAGACAACCACACACACACAAUCAAUUCCUAAUGUAAUGUGAUGUAAGAUGUAAUUAUUAAUAUAAAAAAAGGGGGAUAUAUUCAGAAGUCUGUAUUUUUAAUGUAUUUUAAAGAUAUCUUGCAAAAGGGGGGCCUCGGUCAAAUGUUAAUGCCAUUUG